GACCAUGGCCGCGACUACCUUCAACUUUGCUAGUAUGGCAGCCAUGCUGGGCGAGGAAAAGGGAAUUUCCUUUCAAGACAAAGCGCUCACCUGGAACACCGCAGAGGAUGUUCAGGAUGUAGUGGACGCCUUGAACAAGCAGACCACAGUGCAUUACCUCAAUCUGGAUGGAAACACACUUGGAGUGGAUGCGGCCGAGGCGAUUGGUGAGGCAUUAAAAAAACACCCGGAAUUUCGUAAGGCGCAGUGGAAAAACCUCUUCACAAGGCGCCUCAAAACAGAGAUCCCGCUAGCUCUGAAACACCUAGGAGCUGGUCUGAUUGCAGCCGGAGCCAAGCUCACGGUUCUGGACCUAAGUGACAAUGCAUUGGGUCCAAACGGCAUGCGUGGUCUGGAAGAGUUUUUGCGUUCGCCUGUGUGUUAUUCCCUUCAAGAGCUGCUUCUUUUUAACUGCGGUCUUGGUCCAGAGGGCGGCACUAUGCUGUCCAAGGCGCUUAUCGACCUACACGCCAAUGCCCAAAAGGCAGGAUCGCCGUUGCAAUUGCGUGUCUUUAUUGGCGGUCGGAAUCGUCUCGAGAAUACGGGAGCUAAAGCCAUGUCAAAUGCAUUUAAAACUCUUAAGACUUUGGAAGAAAUUGUUCUGAUGCAGAACUCGAUAUUUUACGAGGGUAUCAUAUCCCUGGCUGAUUCCUUCAAGGAGAACGUUCACCUUCGCGUGCUUAAUUUAAACGACAAUAUCCUCCGACCUAAGGGAUCGGCUAAAAUUGCCGAAAUUCUGCCAAAUUUACCUAUGCUACGUGAAAUAAACUUUGGUGACUGCCUCAUCAAGACGAAUGGCGCCUAUCAUUUAGGUGAAGCCCUGGAGAACUCUAAUGAACAACUGGAGUCCAUCGAUUUAGGCUUUAAUGAGAUAAACAGCGAUGGUGGUCUGGUACUGGUGGGCGCCAUGAAAAACAAACCCAAACUUCGUUACUUAAACCUGGACGGCAAUUGCUUUGGAGCUGAUGGCUGCGAACAGGUCAUUGCGGAAAUGUCUAAAUUACCAAACGCUCAGGCCCUGCAACCGAUAGAGGAAGACAACUCCGAGGAUGAGGAGGAUGGUGACGGAGAGGACGACGACGAGGAAGGCGAAGGCGGCGAACAGGAAGAAGAUUACGAUGAAGAAGAGGAAGAGGAAACCGAUGAUCACGAACAUGGCAAUGAUACCACAGAAGAGGCAGACGAAAACGAAGAUGAUUAUGCUGAGGAAACGGCAUAUGUCACCACAAGUGCAUACACAACUAAGCUCUUCAACGAGACCACAAACUCGCGGGUCGGCGAUACCUUUGCCAUCAACAAGACUAUCAGCAACAAAUGCUCCCCAGAAGAUUUCGUACUCAACCAAAAACCCUGUUCCCAGAAAGAUUUUGACGCGCUAGAUGAGGAAAACAAACUGCAAGCCUUGCAAGGCGUUAUUAACCAAUUUACUGAUGAUAAUCACUUGCUGCUGCUUGUCUUCACCACCCUGAAGUGUGCACAUCUGGCGCAGUCGUCGAAGCCAGCCUUAGAACUGGCAGAGUCCCUAUAUCAAGCCACCUUCGAUUAUGCUAUAAAGACCAAGCAGGAGAAGCGCGUGCUGAACUAUGUCCUCAAACAGCUGGAGCUGCUGCGGUGCGAGGAGUCCUUCAAGUCUGAGUACAACGUCAAGAGCUGUCGCUUUGCUCUGGGUGAGGUCCUCAAAAAGCCGCAGUUCGCCAACGACAAUAUAAAGAACACCUUUAAAAUCUUUCUUAAAAAUAAUGAUUUUUAGGCUGCAAGAAGCCGAUCCAAAGAGAUAAAUGAUUUUUGUCCAUAUUAAAAACGUUCCAAAUCUUGGCUUUUUUGGUGAAGAAUAUAAAUAUAUUUAAAAUCAA